GGGAAUACACCACCGCCACCACCAUGUCCACUGGCAGGAUCAUCUUUUACGAGGACAGGAACUUCCAGGGCCGGUCUUAUGAGACCAGCAGCGACUGCCCUGAGCUGACCUCCUACCUGAGUCGCUGCAACUCCUGCAAGGUGGAGAGCGGCUGCUUCAUGGUCUACGAGCGCCCCAAUUUCCAGGGCCACCAGAUGAUGGUGCGCAGGGGCGAGUAUCCUGACAACCAAUAUCUGAUGGGCAUGAGCAUGAGCGACUGCAUCAGAUCCUGCCGCAACAUCCCCACACAUCGUGGACCCUUCAGGAUGAGGAUGUAUGAGAGGGAGAACUUCGGCGGGCAGAUGCACGAGCUGACGGACGACUGUGAGUCCGUCCAGGACCGUUUCCGCAUGUCCGACAUGAGGUCCUGUCACGUGAUGGACGGGCACUGGCUCAUGCACGAGCAGCCCCACUACCGCGGCAGGAUGAUGUACCUGAGGCCCGGCGAGUACAGGAGCUUCAGGGACAUGGGCAUGAGCAACCAGAUGAGAGUCAGCUCCAUGAGGCGCAUCAUGGAUUCCUGUUAGGCCAUAAGAACCGCCAAUAAAACUCUAUUUUAACUUA